UCCCAACGUAUUUGACUGCGGUCACUCUAAAACUCCAGCUAGUUGCUCGAAUUCGCGGUUAAUUUUGUUUAUUAAUCACAAAAACCAUGUCCGGCAAUAAGGCGCAGCUCGAGGAACGUCAACCCAACGCCAACACCCUUCUGCCCCCCAGCCGCGUGCGCACCAUCAUGAAGAGCUCAAUGGACACCGGCCUGAUCACCAACGAAGUCCUCUUCCUGAUGACCAAGUGCACGGAGAUGUUUGUGCAGCAUUUGGCGCGCGAGGCGCAUGCCAAGCAUGGUGGAGGCGACACCCUCAAGUACGAGCAGCUGUCACAGCUGGUGAACAAGGAAAAGAACCUGGAGUUCCUGCUUCAAAUCGUGCCCGAAAAGAUACGCGUCUACCAGUUCAAGGAGAUGCUACGCCUGAACCGCAGCCGCGACGGCGACGACGAUGAUGAUGACGAUGACGACGAUGACUCUGGCUCGGGAUCCGAGUCGGAGGAGUGAUGGCCCACCGCACUGAUUCCACCACUAUCAUAAUUAAGUCUAGAUGGUAAGUUGCGUCCACGUCCCGAGUGGAAUGCCAAAAAAAACAUGUUGCAUCUCAAAAAAACACCAGAUCACACCGCCCGUUUCCUGGAUCUGGAUAAAAUAAAUAUUGUUCAAAUCGA